ACAAAUGUGUGUGUGUGUGUCAGUCGAUGUGGGUGUGCAUCCUGUGCCGGAAGAAGCAGGAGCUGCUGUCAAAGUCGGGCGAGUGGAUAAUGAAGGGGACGAUGGACGGGGCGACGUUGCGCCGUAUGCAGGAGGACAUGCAGGCGUCGCAGGGCAUGAUGGGCCUGGGCGGUGGUGGUCUGUUGUUGGCCGACCAGGGCCUCGAUAAGCGCCCGAAGCUCGAGCGGGCCCACAGCGCCGCCGAGAAAGAGAACGUGCCCCUACUCCAGCGCAGCAGCAGCCUCCUCAAGCGACAGUACUCCCACCAGGAGCAGAUACCAUCGCGACGGCUGUCGAUGAGCGCGGACAGCGGGGUCGAGAUGUCCGUGUCGCCCCACUCGCGCAGCUUGCCCCAGCCGGGACACGUUUCGGCCUACAACCAGAGCAUCCAGCCCACGCCCAGGCACCCAGCCGCCUACCCCGAGGACGACCCCAGCCUCUACCGUGGCGAGCUCGACGGCCUCAUGAAGCAGCAGCAAAACUCGUCGGUGUACCAGCAGCGCCAGCGCCAGCUCUAUCAGAACUCGGACGCGGGAUACGGGCCACAGGUGCACGACGCCACCCAGAGUCCAAGUAUGACGAUGCGCGGGCUCCCCCGGGUGCAGCCCCAUCAGCUACCAGCGCCACCACUGGGUCCGCAGUCGCACCUGCCGAUGUCCCAACACCACCUCCACAACCAACUGCAUCCGGGACACCCGGCGGUCGGACCCGGCCAAAGGAGCUUCAGCAGCAGCGAAGAGGAGCGCAGCACCCCGGAGUGCGCCAGCGACGAGCACGACGACCGGGAACACCAUGGCCGGAAAUCGAUGGACGCGAGGGGAGAGCGAAUGACCCCCAGCGACAUGAGCCAUGAGAGGAUCAAGAUGUUUUUAGCGCACCCGGUGCUGCCCUGGCAGGUGAGCAGUGACGGGCAAAAGUUGAUCGGCCACAUGGUGCUGCGCAAACAGGGGGGCGCCCAGAGCAGUAGUAACAUACUCGGGCUGAAGGUCGUCGGCGGCAAGUUGCUCGAGGACGGCUCCAUGGGCGCUUUCAUCGAGAAAGUCAAGAAGGACAGUCCGGCGGACCUCGAGGGACAGCUCAAAAUCGGCGACGAGGUGCUGCAGUGGAACGGCCGGUCGCUCAAGGGCAAGAGCUACGAGGAGGUGAGCGACGUGAUAGCGAUGUCGCGCACGGAUCCCCAGGUGGAGCUGGUAGUGGCGCGCGACUACCUGCCCGGGAAAACGGACGACCCGAGCAUGGCCAGUGCCAAAGCGUUGCACCAUCAUCAGCAGCAGCAGCAGCAGGUGGUGAUGCCCGGCAGCCCGGCGGCCUCGUUGAACACGAGGCGUUACGCCGCCCAGAACCAGUGGCGACAGAAACAACAGCUCGAUGCACAGCUUACGCCCCAGAUGCAUCACAAAGGAAAAAUCAGUAGUAACAUCACGAUUCGCGAGAACUCGAAGAGGCGGACGAAGACGGUCGCCAACACGAACGAGCCGCGAUGGGACCAAACGUUCGUUUACAACGGCAUCAGGUGGUCCGAGCUGAGGCAGCGCUCGCUCGAGAUCACCGUCUGGGAUUACGAUCUGCGCUUCGGUGCCAACGACUUUCUCGGCGAGAUUGUCAUCAGCCUGGCCGUCUCGUCCCUCAACGACGAGCUCGAGUGGCACUAUCUCGUGGCGCACGACGAGCAUCGGCAACCCGGUAGGUAUUAUCAGGAGACGACAGAGGACGUGGUGACAACGCCGGGCGACUGCCACCUCAGUCCGCCGUCGACGACCUCGAGGCUGAGCGACUCCGACACGUCCGAGUGCGACAUAACCGACUGCGAUGGCUCGAGAGAGCACAGGAGGACGGCCGACGGCGCCAGCAUCAGCAGUAUCGGUAGCUCCUCCAGGUUUCAUAAUAUGCCGCCAAAUUAUAAGCGCCACUAUUCCAGCCCACCGCCGGAGAAGGAGCUGUGCGUCGGGGAGCACCGCAGCCGCAGGGACAUGUCGCCCCAGGGCCGGAAGCGAGCGGCCCUCAUGAGCUCGCGCGAACAGGCGGCCUCCCUCUCUGGCUACCAGCAGUACCGGAAGGUCAAUUUCCGACAGUUCUCCGACGAGUCGCAUCGCGGCGCAGGGAUGCUGAGCCACAGGUCCCACAGCGCCGCGCCAAUGGACUCACCGAGCCUCUGCUACAGGGGCAGGUCGCAGAGUCCCACGGGCCAUCGCUCGCUCUCGCCCCCGGACCACAGAUCCAUACCCUACUCAUCCGGAUACGCCAUGCCGGCGAGGUUCGGCUCGAGAUCGGCAACGGCGACGCCAACGGGUUCGCCGAAGAAGCGCCAGCUGCCGCAGAUACCGGGCAACCUGCACGCCGCCCUCAAGGAGCGCGCGAUCCCUGACUUUGACGGCACGAGGUUCCUGAGGCACCGCAACCACCGGCCGAUGCACAAUUACUACGGCGGCCGGGGCAUGGGAAUGUACGACAGGCGAGUGAGCGGCAUGUCGGAUUCCGACCUGACCUCGAUGAGCCACUACUACGACACGCACUCGAACUCGUACGGUGGCCACCACCCACACAGGUUCGGCAAUCACCACAGAUCGCGGCGCGGCCACCUCAGCCCCGAAAAGGACGUGCUGGCCGACUUGGGCGACUCGGACAUGGAGAGCAUAGCCUCGGUCACGAGCAGUGCCUUCAGCACCCAGUCCGAGAGGCCGAGGGGCUCCAGGGGCAUGAUUGACUACGCGAUGAUGCAGGGUGGCUCGUACGAGAAGCCAAGCAGGUAUCAUCACCACCACCAUCGACAGCACGCCGCCGCGGCCGCCUCCUCCGGCGAGCUACUACUCCACGACGACGAUAGGCUACUGGCACCCGCGUCCUCCUCCUCGACGACGCUCGACCAUUACCCGGGAGAGUCAAGGCAGUCGAGGUCGCGCAACGGCAGCCUAGCCAAGAGGGGCCAAUUCGCCAGGAGCUUCAGCAAUGCUGACGCCCCCACGGACGACAAGGCUGACAGAGUGGCUGGAUCAUCGCGCAAAAAAAAAUACGAAGGCAGAGUAAAUGUGUAA